AUGCCCAGGCGGCUGCCGGGGCCCCCUGCGGGCCCCCACGGGGAGGAUUUCUCCUUUGUGAGCCCGCUGGUGAAGUACCUGCUCUUCUUCUUCAACCUGCUCUUCUGGAUGAUCUCGAUGGUGAUGGUGGCCGUGGGCAUCUACGCCAGGCUGAUGAAGCAUGCAGAGGCGGCCAUGGCCUGCCUCGCGGUGGAUCCCGCCAUCCUACUCAUCGUGGUCGGCAUCCUGAUGUUCCUGAUCACCUUCUGCGGCUGCAUCGGCUCCCUGCGUGAGAACAUCUGCCUGCUGCAGACGUUCUCAAUCUGCCUGACCAUAGUCUUCCUGCUGCAGCUGGCAGCUGGAGUGCUGGGCUUUGUCUUCUCUGAUAAGGCACGCGGGAAGGUGAGCGAGAUCAUCAACAACGCCGUCGUGCAUUACCGGGACGACCUGGACCUGCAGAACCUCAUCGACUAUGGGCAGAAGGAGUUCAGUUGCUGUGGGGGUGUCUCCUACAAGGACUGGUCCCAAAACAUGUAUUUCAACUGCACUGCUGACAACCCCAGCAGGGAGCGCUGUUCUGUGCCUUAUUCUUGCUGCCUGCAUGCAGCUGACCAGGCUGUCAUCAACACCAUGUGUGGCCAGGGGAUGCAAGCCAUGAACUAUCUGGAGGCCAGCGAGUUCAUCUACACCAACGGCUGCAUCGACAAGCUGGUGAACUGGAUCCACAGCAACCUCUUCCUGCUGGGGGGCAUCGCGCUCGGCUUGGCCAUUCCACAGCUGGUGGGAAUCCUGCUCUCCCAGAUCCUCAUCAACCAGAUCAAAGACCAGAUCAAGCUGCAGCUCUACAAUCAGCAGCACCGAGCAGAUCCUUGGUACUGA